GACGUGAGGGAUGCGGCCAGUUCUCAUCUUGACAUAAAAGCUUUGCAGGAGAAAAGCACCAGCUAGAGAUCAGCAUCAGACCCGACUUGCUGUCAGGGACCAAGAGACUUAAAAGAUGGCUACCACCCUUAAGUAUCUUCUGGUUUUCGACUUUGAUGAAACAAUAGUCAACGAAAACAGUGAUGACUCAGUGAUUCAGGUGGCACCUGGCCAGGACCUUCCUGAUUGGUUGCGUCAGACAUUCAAGGAUGGCUUUUACAACCAGUACAUGCAAAGAGUGUUUGAAUACCUUGGAGAUAAAGGGGUGAGCCUGCAGGAUCUCAGAGAUGUAUACAGCAAUAUCCCACUAUCUCCUGGAAUGCCUGAUCUCUUUCGUUUUUUGUUUAAGAAUCAAGAUCGAUUUGAAAUUAUUCUCAUUUCAGACGCCAACAUGUUUGGCAUUGAAAGUUCCUUGAAAAGUAACGGCUAUCAGUCUCUCUUCCGCAGGGUGAUUAGCAACCCCACCACUGUGGAGAAGAAUGGGUACCUCACCCUUGGUCCCUAUCAUUCUCACACUUGCCUUCAAUGUCCAGCCAACAUGUGCAAGAGAAAAGUAUUGACAGAAUAUCUCACAGAGCGUUCUCAAGAGGGAGUGAAAUUUGAGAAGCUCUUGUAUGUUGGAGAUGGAGCCAACGAUUUCUGCCCAACUGUUAUAUUCAGUUCCAGGGAUGUUGCUUUCCCCAGGAAAAACUACCCCAUGCACCAACUGAUCAAAAAGAUGGAAGAGAAGCAGAAAGGAACCUACCAAUCUAUGGUAGCUCCAUGGGAUACUGCUGAGUCCAUUGCCAAGUAUCUCCAUGGGCUUCUCAACAACAGCUAAAAAUGUGGAAACAAAUCCAUAUAUAAGGACAAUGAUAUACUUCUGCAUUUUAGAUCAACCUCUAUGCAUUUAUUUUAACUACCUACCAUUUUCAAAAGGAUUAAAGAACAUCCUUUUUAAGAUGCAAAUCAAGAACAUAAAAUUAAAAACAAAACACAUACUAAUUUUAGAAGACAUUUCAGGGUACUAUGGAUUUUUUUUUUCAUUGCUACAGUAUCUUUUGUAUGUACCAAUGUUUGAGCAAACGUUCUCUUGUGUGCAGGAGUUUGAGGUUUGAUAGCCUGUGCACUGAAUAACCGAAAAAGAUUACUGAUUAUGCCUGACAAAAACUUACUUAAAAUUUUGGCUUUUUUUUUUUUACUUAAGUUGCCUCUUAAAAUAUUGAUAUUUUUUGCUAUCUUGUUCUAUUUAAGUCAACAGAUGACAUUAUAGCAAUUCUCUUUUAUAAAAAGCCAAGGUGCUUGAACUGUGAAAGUCAACUUCACUAUAUCUUGAUAGUAUACUAUUUAGCAAAUAAUAAGGGACUUUAGCAUGAGGAGAAGAACAUAUUUGUGAAUAUAAAUAUAUUCGUAUAGAUUCAUACACAUUGAUCUGCUAGAAUCUACAAGCCUCUCAGCAGCUAUGUUCCAUCAGACUAUCUAACACCUGUCUUCUAAAGGGCUGGUCGCACACAGCAUCAAACAGCUGACGCAUGAUGGCUAUUUUAUAUACCUUAAUUUAUUAUAAGCAUGUACAUUGAUGUUCUAGAGUAAAUACACAGACAUCUUAUGCUAUCUAUUAUCCAAAUAUACAGAGACCUAUGAUAAUACAAAUAUAAUUAUAAUAUAUAUAUCUUAGAAUGCUUGAAACUUUACUCUAGAAGUGUGGUUUUAAUUUUAUAUUUAUCGAAGUGUUCAACUAAAUUUUUUUCCAAAAUACCAAUAUUAUAAGGACAAUGAUGGCAAACCUUGAAAAAUAAAUAAAUAUAUAUAUAUAUUUAUUUAGCACAGUAUCUAUCUAUCUAUCUAUCUAUCUAUCUAUCUAUCUAGUUAUAUAAUAAUGCAAGAUAUAUAAAUAUACAGACCUUGCAGUAAUUGGGGCAACUGAGAGAACUGGCACUUAGAAAACAAUGAACAAACACACAUUAUGCUAGGUAACUAAAAUAACCAUGAAGGUUAUGCCUGUGACUUUAUUAUGUAUGUUAAAACCACUUUCUCACACCCCUUUCUCUUUUUGUGCUUCCCAUUAUUAAAAUAAGCCAGAUAUAUUCAUAGCAGCAACCCGUUAUAAACCUUUCUAGGAAUAAUUACUAUAAUUAAGCCUACAAGCCUAGCUGCUUUAGAUCACCUUCAUAAGAGAACAGUGAAACUCUUGGCAGGGCCCUCUAUUCCUUUGUCUCCCAUAACUGUCACCUUGCAUAUUAGACCCAUGUCCUUAGCACUGCGGAACCUGUUGGUGCUCAACAGAUAAUAAUUCUAAAUAUAAUAACAGUUAUCUUUCUAAACACCAUAGUAGCUUUACCAAAAGCAGUAUACAUGAUAACAAAGAGCUAGAUCACAUUCCAUUAUUGAACUUAAUUGGCUGUAAUAUCAAAAGUCUUCACACACUGUAUUGGAUAUUGCUGUUGCUAUUGUCAGUUGUUAUGUUUACAGCUGGAAUGCCAUCUAGCGCUAAUUAUGUGAAGUAUAUGUACACUCUGCAUUGUGUGCCGAUAUAUUUAUGGAUAGAAGGGAAAUGUUGAAGUAAUCCAUUUCAAGUGUUUACUUCACAUAAAUCUAUAUUUUAUCAAAUGUAUUUUGUUUAUAAAGAUGUUUUUGUAUGCAACAUGUAUUUAUAAAUAGACACUCAAUAUAAGCUAUUUUAAUUGGUGUUUUAAAGUUUAUUCUUUAUUAAAGCAAAAGGCAAUUCAUGAAAGCAAUUAUAACCAUGAUAAGAUCACAACAUAUAUUUGCUUUUUGUGUAUCGCUGUUUAAACCCUGAAUGUGGGAGAAACUGGCUCCUUGCAGUGGGUUUGUACAAUGUCUGCAAGUCCUCAGGUUGUGAAAUAAUGAAACAACAACACUGUGUCUGUUCUUUAGUGUUUUUAUCCUCAGGAAAUCUCAGGUCUCAGUUUGCACAAUAAAUAUUUAUUUUAAGAACUA